AUGUCCAAGUGUCUUCUCGCCGCUCUCUUCGCACUGAGCUGCCUGCUGGCCUUGGCCCUCGCCGAGCCACGCCUCCAGCAGCGCCAGCUCCUCCGCCAACAGCAACAGCAGCAGCAGCAGCAGCAUCCGUACUUAUUCCUGUCCAUACCCAGGGGUCUGCCCAAUGCUGGUGCCGUUGUCAAGGGCUUUGAGAUUGUUGAGGAGGCCGAUGACGAUGACAACGACGACGACGAUGCUGUGCAGCCUGUGCCCCAGGACGAUGAUGACAAUGACGAUGAUGAGGAGCAGCAGCAGCAGCUCAGCGACGAUGAUGAGGAUGAGCUGGAGCACCAGCUGGGCCUCAACUUUGCCCGCCACGGCCAGCUGGUUCUCCUGAACAGCCAGAACCAGAACCAGAAGCAGAACAAGAACAACUUCCAGGAGGACGAGGAUCUCGAGGACGAUGAGGACGAUGAGCCUCCCACCCAAAUGGUGAUCCCACGGGAUCAGGCUGGUGCCAUCAUGGUGCCCGACGGCAUCAUCGAGAUCGAGGGCCAGAGCGUCAUCGAUGAGAAGACUGGCAAGGCCGCCCUUCUCGUGCCCCGUGCCGCACUCGAUGCCAUUCCCGACGGCGCCGUUGUUGCCCUUAUGGAGCGCUCCGCCGCCUCCGACACCGACUCCGAUGCCGUUGAGGAAGAGCGCGCCAAUCGCGUCGUUGUGCGCCGCCGCAAGAAUAACGGACGUCGCAAUGUGCGCCGUCGCGGCUCCAACGGACAGCGUCGUCGUCGUCGUGGCGGCAACCAGAGACGCCGCACCGGUGGCAACCGUCGCCGCAACGUUCGUGUUGUCCGUCCCAGUGGCAACCGGCAGCGCGGCCAGCGCCGCCGCGGCGGUCAGGUCGUCCUGCAGGGCUAA